CUUUGUAACCCGGCAUCCAGCUGACGUGGUGUUCGAAGGGGAGCCGAAUGAAUCAACAUGGCGGUCAAAUGGGAGCUAAACACAACAUAAAAUGCAGCCCAGACCGCCACAUUAACGCUAUAAAAUGUGGGGACGAAUCAGCUCUGUGGCCCAAGUGGUCACAGAUAAAUUAGAGGAGUCAUUUGGUGAAUCUCAUGACGAAGCAAGCGCUCCUGGUUCUGCGACUAAGGCAAAAAGUUUGUCCGAUCAAGUGUCAGAAUUAAAGCAGGCUUUGAAUGAGUCAGAAAAGCGCAAUGAGGACAUCAAUCAUGAAUUCCAAAAGCUAUUAAGACAGAAAGAGCAAGAGAUUUCAGAGCUAAAAAAUAGAUCACCCCAGCCUCCUAGCACUGGCUUAGAGUCACAUCAGGGGAGUACAGAGGAACCAGGACUUCAGAGAACAGUAGAUGUGUUACAAAAGCAGCUUGCAGACAAGAAUGCUGAGCUUGAGGAAUGCAAAAGUCAUUAUGAGCACAAGUUCAACAAGCUCAAAUCUGGUGCCAAAGCCAAAAUAAACCGACUGGAGGAGGAGCUAGUCUCACUGAGGUCACCUGGUGGAGAAACUGAGACCCCAAGGCCUUCAGGCUCACCCAAAAAGUCUUUAAACAUAGACAAGUUGCUGAGUGAAAAAGAUGCUGCCAUACAAUCCUUAACACAGCAACUUCAAGUAAGCCUUAAACGAGAAGAAGACCUAGUGAUAGAGGGCCGGCAGAAUGAAGAGAAAUGCAUGCACGAAAUAGCCUUGAAAAUCAUGGAGAUUCAAAAUUUGAAGAUUAAGGAGGAAGAGGGCAAGCAGCUGGUGGAGGAAAGGAACAAGACGGUCCAGGAGUUGAUGGAUAAAAUGGAGGCGCAGAAAAGACUGAUUAGUAACAGGGAUGAGGUCAUCGAGCAUUUGCAGUCAAUGAAAGACAUCCAGGGCGGGGCUGAUGAGAUGGUAGGGGUGCUCCGUGAACAGGUAGCGGCCAUGAGUAAUAAGAUUGAGUCCCUUGUCGAGGAGUGUGAGAAGCACAAGAGGCAGACCAAGCUGCUACAGAAAGAGAUUGACGACCAGAGGGAGGCUGUGGCUGCAAAAGACCAGCUGGAGCAAGAGAUAACAUCCCUGAAGCAGCAGCUUGAACAGCAAGAGGCAGAUCAUCAGUCGACGAUACGCAUGCUGCAGGACCAGAUUCUUGCCAAGGAACAAAGGCUUGUAGCUGAGAUAGCCGAGGUUGAGCGCUCUUACAUGGAGACGGAGCACAUGCUGAGGGAGCAACUAGACGAAAAGACAAGCAUCAUCCAGGCAAAAGAUGAAGCUGUUGGUGUGCUAAAGAUGGCUUUGCAAGAUAAGAACUUCAAAGGAGACAGCGGGCAAAAGGUCUCAGCUGAGGGCGAGAAGCUUGUCAACUUUCUAGAGGAGAGAAUCAAAGAAAAAGAAGAAAUCAUCAAUAGUCGAAAUAAAAUGGUAGAAUCAUUGCAAGCGGGGUUACAACUUAAAGAGAAUACUAUAAAGGACAACGAGAUUGCCAUUUCAAAGCUAGGUCAAACAGAAAAUGAUCUGAAGAAAGAUAUAGAACUUCUGAAGGACGAAUGGGGAAAGCGGGAGUUAGAAUUGAACGAUAUAAUUAAUAAUAUGAGACUUAAUUUAACCUCGGUGCAGGAAAAACACGAAACUGAACUUAACGAGAAACAACUCAAAGUUCAACAGCAAGAAGCGUUUAUAAAGAGCCAAGAAGAAGCCUUAGCAGCUUUGCGAACCGAGCUUCAGAACGCAGGAAAGACGUCAGAUGAGGCUAUCAAUGAAAGACUCCUGCUCUUGGAAAACGAAAAAGAGAGGCAGUUCUUGGAAGAGAAGCGUGUUUUCGAAGAAACAGAGAGGUCCUUGCAUGCGGAGCUGGAGCGGAUGUCAGCCGAGAAGGACAAAUUAUUGAAAGAUGUGGAACCAUUAAGGACUCAAGUAUCCGAGAGGAACAAAGAGGCAAAGGAAGCGAAGGAAAAAUUACUGAAGGCAAAGGGUCAGAUGAAAAUGAAGAUAACGAGCUUAGAGAAGGAGAAGAAAAAGUUGACACAAGAGCUGGAGCAGCUGAAAAAGGGCAAACCAGUGGCUGCCAACUUGAGCAAACUCAAAGAGAAGAUUGCAACAUUAGAAGACGAGAAUGCAACACUUCAGUCAAGAGAAGCGAAACACGGUGAGACAAUGGCCAGUCUUGAGCAGCACCAACAGAAGCUAAGGGAGCUUUCCGAGCGUUGCACUAUGCUUGAACAGGAAAACAAGAACUUGACUAUUAAGCUUGUAGAAUCUGAGGAGGAAAAAGGCCAUGUCCAACUUCAGAAUGUCGAAUAUGAGGAUAAAAUCUCCAAGGAGGAGAAACAGUUCGCCUCUGACCAAAACACAAGGGUCGAGGAACUGACCCGAGAACUUGAAUCUACUAGACAAGAACUACAGCGAAUCUCUAGUGAGUUUGAAAAGGAAAAAGGUCUGAAUGAGGAAUUGAGGAAAGAUGUAGGGGACCUUGCAUUUAAGGAGAGCUUCAUCGGGAAAGAGAAGAGUGGUUUGGAUCGGAAAUAUAGUGAACUUGUGGAGGCAAAUGAGAACCUUAGGGAGAAUCUAUCUGAAGUGGAAGGUUACUUGCUAAGAGAGAGAGAAGAGAAAGUCUCACUACAGAUAAAGACCGUUCAUGUGGAGGAAGAGAAGGAUGCGUUAGAUGCAAAAGUCAAGGAGCUGCAGCAAGCUCUCGAUGAUUUUAUCUGGACCACGGACAAAGAGAAGAAGGCUAAAAUGAUGGAUUCACCACAAGAGGAUGAUUUACCUGGAGAUGAGGAGAUGGCAGUGAGUGGUGGCGAGUCUACCAUCGUACCGCCCUCUAUGGAGGGUUCCACGUUCACGGAUAUCGUCAAGCUAUUGGAAGACGAGAAGUACGGCCUUGAGCGCAGACUCGACAUACUUGUUAAGGAACGGAAGAACCUGCAGGGGCGCGUUGAAGAGCUGGAGGAGAUGCUAGAGGCUGAGCGUGAGAAACAACACAAGAAAAACGAGGAGAUCAGCUCUGACGAGGAUGCCGAACAGGCUAGACAGGCCUUGGAAGAGACGAUGCACACCACCAUAGAGGAGCUGCACGAGGAAGUGGAGACACUCAGGUCACGCUUGCAAGAUGUUGGUCAGGCCAAGCUUGAGGCUGAAAAGCUCCUACAAGAUACCCAAGCCACGGUGCAGCAGCAAAGUGAAGAGGUUCGGUCCUUGUCCAGUGAUAUUGAUAGGCUAAACCUGCAGCUGGCUGAAGCUGGGAAUCUAAGGGAAGAGAACGCUUCACUCCGGCAACAGUUACUUGAUACAGAACACACAAGGGCUUCAAUAGAAGCACAAGUAGCCUCGAUGCAAGAAUCUAACGCGAUAGAGAAGGUGCCACCCUCGACCGAGAUUGAAAGCUUGAACGUAAGGUUAGAUGAGGUUACCAACGAAUGCUUGCAGACAGGGGCUGAGAAAGCUAAACUGGAGGAGCAGCUACAGGAGAUACUUAGCAGCAACCAGUCCAUGCUCUCUGAACUCCAGAGCACGCUGGACUCCAAGGAGCAGGAGAAUGGCGAGUACCUCAGGAAGCUUGACGAGCAGCUUGAACAGAGCGAGAAGCAUGCGGAGUAUCUGGAAGGCCGGAUCGCACAGCUUCAGCAGAACCUGUUCCUUAUUAGGUCUACAUUGCAAGGUAAAGAAAAGCUGAUAAUCAACGUCCAGCACGAGCUUGAGAAUAAGGAUCAGACGAUCACAGAACUCCAAGAUCAAAUCAGGCAGAAUGAAGAUGAACUAGUGCUGUUUGGCGACAAAGUAGCCGCAAAAGAGAAUGACUACUCACAAGCACAGCAUCUACUGGUACUGAAAGAUGCUAGUAUCUCCGCUCUAAACGAUAAACUCGAGGAAAGAAAUGCACAGCUCGAGAAAGCAACGAAGAGUCUGCAGCAACGUAAAAAGCGUGCCGAGGAACUGGACUCUCGCCUCGAACAGCUGGACAAGGCAACUGCUGACGCUAUUAAACAAAGGGACCUCGAGAUAUGUACACUCAAGGAGACCAUCGAAAACCUUAAGAAAGAAAAAAUAGAUAUAGAAACUCAUUUGCAGUCAAGUUUGACAGAGAUGUCUUCCGCUGAAGAGGAGAAAAAUGCAGAGUUUGAAGGUUUGAAGAAGCGGCUGUUAGAGCUGCAAGCAAGGGAGGCAGAGCUUACAGAUAAGCUUGCUGUUGCUGAAAACACGGCGAAGGAUCUGGAUGAAGUGAACGCCUCCUUACAGGCACGACUUUCUGAACUUCAAGCUUUAAACAACGAGCUUGAGGAGAAGCUGAUGGACUUAUCACGCGUUGGGGAAGAACUGAAAUCCGAAAAUGAAGGGCUGCAACAGAAGUGUUUGGAUCUUGAAAAACAAAGAGACACGAUUAAGCAAGACUUAGCAGAUGUGCAGAAAGAACAUGAGAAUCUUAAAUCUGCUGUUUCAAUAUCCGAGGGGGAACUUUUGAGAUUCAAAAACACAUUGCAGUCAGAAAAGGAGGAGUUUGAGAAAAAGCUAAGCUCUUUGCUUGAGCAGCUAUCAGAAAUGGAGUCAGAAGUUUCCGUUUUGAAUAAAUCAUGUACCGAGAAAACUAGCGAGGUUGAACAUCUAAAGAGGCAGCUAUCAAAUCGUGACGAAGAGCUGGAGGAAAUGACUUCGGUAAAAGAAAGAAUCGUCGACGAGUUAACAAACCUAUUUACCGAUCGGGAUACCAGGGUAAAAGAACUAGAACAGAUGAUAGAGGAAAGAGCUCAUGAGUACGGACAGGAAAUUGAGGAAAGAAAUAGCGUCAUAAGGGAGCUACAACAGAAGGAAGAAGCUUUAGUGGAUGCCCUUGAAGAGAAAGGAGAUGAAGCAUCUAGCGCUGCUGGUGAUUUGAAACUGAAGCUUGACGCUCUUAAGAUACAGCUUGAAGAGAAAGCCCAAUUGGCUGAGCAGCUCCGCGCACAGGUAGACGAGAAGGGGCGGCAUAUAACCCAGCUUGAAGGGUCGAUUAAUGAGUACAAAAUUGUUUUAGAAAAGAGAGACUCUACUCUUUUAGAUCUGGAGAAGGAGUUGGAAAAUAAGAUUGAGGAAUCGAAUCGUGAGAAUGAGGAGAAGAGUGCUUGGAUAAGGGAUGUCGAAGAGAAGGCCCUUGAGAUUGCCAAUGUGCUUGAACAGAGGGACAAGACGAUCGGUGUUCUGAAUUCGAAGGUGAAGAACAUGCAGCAGGAGCUGGAGCAGUAUAAGAAAGAGUUACAAGAGAGUCUGUCCAUCAGUACGGUGAUGGAGCAGACGUUGCAGGUUAAGGAGGCUUCGCUUAUUCAAGCUGAAGAGACGCUAGAAGAGCUCCAAGAAAAUCAGCAAUAUAUUGAAAAGGUUGAGCAGCUAGAGAAACUACUUGGAGAAAAGGAAGAAGGUAUCAAGGCUUUGGCGGACGAGCGCGAUCGACUUCAAGGUGCUUUACAAGAAUCUGACCCUAAGAUUGCUGGAAUACAAGGAUUAUUAUCCGAGAAAGAAACAAGUAUUCUAGCACUACGUGGAGAACUCGAGGCUGAAAAAGCUAACGCGGAAGCUUUGGCUACAGAAACAAUAAAGUUGAAGGAAUCCCUUGAUGAAGCCCAAGGAUUACUAUUGGAAAAAGAGGCAUUAAUAGCAGAUUUAAGUGAAGUACAGACAAGACAAGCUGAAGUAAAUCAACUGAAAGACGCCCUUAAUGAGAAAAGAAAGAUCGAGAAAGACCUAACAGAAAUGUCCCAAGAGCUUGGUCGUGAGGUUGUUCGGCUCAAAGACGAGUUGGGAAAACAAGCAAGCAAUGAACUGUCAUUUAUAGCCAAAACAACUGAGCUUGAAGACCAGCUAGUUUUGUUAAAGGAAGAGUUGAACUCACGGGUUUCAAGUCUGGAGAAUGUAUCUAAACAACUUGCUGAGCUGCAGUCAAGUGCCUUAACUAAAGACGAAGAGAUUUCCAGUUUGACGAAACGCCUCCAAGUGACUGAGAAGAAAGGCCUAGAGCAAGUGUCGUCUUUAAAUGACAUCGUCAAUGUCUCUGCAGAGCGAAUACGAGCACUAGAAGAGGAGUUGGGUCACCUGAAGGCAUCAAAAGAUGAGUUAAAUACACUCCGUAACUCAUUUGCGGAAGAGUAUUCCUCUCUUCAGCAGAUGCUAGGAGAGAAGGAAAACGAAAUUAGUCUACUUGAGGCGAGCUUAAAUGAACGAAAUCAGAGCUUCACGGUAAUGGAAACGAGCUGCCUCGAAGCAAAUACCAAGGCGGAGGAAGUUAAAAGUGAACUUGAUCAAGAGCUCGUUAAGCAUGAGGCGGAGGUUGCUACGUGGAAAAAGCGAGCACAGGCAUUGAAGAAGAAGUACGAAGCUACCCUGAAAGAAAAGGGAGAACUAGAGAGUUCGCACAAAGAGCUAAGCGACGCCCUUGCUGCUCGCGCUACUGAGGUUCAGUGUUUAAGAGAUGAGUUAAAGGACAAUGAACAGGGGAUGGAUAACAGCUAUCAGGCUAUCCUGAAAGAGAAAGAAGAGCUAGAGAGAUCACACAAAGAUCUUAAUGAGGCCUUGACUACCAGCGUUACUGAAGUUCAAUCUUUAAGAGAUGAGCUACAGAGCAAACAACGGGAUGCUUUGCAGCUAGCACAGUUAAAGAAGCAAUUCAGGGAGCAGGGGAAUGAGCUGAGCCAAGCAACUGAAGAGCUUGAAGAACUGCGAGAGGAGCAUGUGAAGUUGUUGUCUUCGUCUGAGUAUGCUGAUCUCGAGAGAAGUCAAUUAAGGAAAAGAUUAUCCGAUUUGGAAGGGCUGAUGGCUACACUCAAGAACGAAAAGGAGUCACUAGAACACGAGCUUGGGUCUGCACGAGGGAGAAUCGAUGAUCUAGAGACGAAAAAGAACCUACUGACGGAACAGCUAGAAAUCCUCAACGAAAAUCUUAACUUGAAGAUUCAAGAACUAGGCAUGGCUCAGACAGAGCUUGGAACACUCCAGAGUGUCGCUAAUGCGACAGGCGGUGUUGACGAUGCAUUGAAGGAAACAAAAGGGCUGAUCGAAGAAAAAGAAAACUUAAUAAAGAGCAAAGAUGCUCAGAUUGAAAUGAUGAACGAAAGUUUUGAGGUUCAAACGGAGCAGAUUGCAGCCUUAAAAGGCGAACUUAAAGCAUCGACAGAGAAAACCGCAGAGCUUGAACAGCAGCUUUUAGAGCGAUUAGACGAAAAGGAGAGGGAACUCAGCGCCCUACAGGCCUGUCUUGAUGAAAGAGACUCUAACUGCAGUGCUCUUGAAAUCAGCUUCCAUGAAGUCAACAGUAAGGCGGAGGAAAUGAAAGCGGAGUUUGAGGGAAUCCAGGAGAAACACGAGGCCGAGAUUGGAACAUGGAAAAAGAGAGCUCAAAACCUGAAAAAGAAAUACGAAGCUCUUGUUAAAGAAAACAGCACUAUGAAGGAGGAAAUGGAUUCACUUCGUAGUGAGGCUGAACAAAAGAAAAUGGAGUACGAAAGUAAAGAACAGGCGAUGCAACAGUUACAGAGUGAGAGAGAAGUGCUGAAUAGAAACACUGAAGGGCUUAAUGAAGAGUUGGCCAACUUAAAUAAAAUCGUGGAAUCUCAUUUCUUAGAAAUUGCUUUAUUAAAAGAGGAUUUACUAAGCAAAGACAUGGAUUCGCAACAACUGAAGGAGCUUAAGGAAAGAUUCCGGGAGCAGGCAUCCGAAAUAAGCCAAUUCCAGCAAGACUGUAUCAUCCUGAAGGAGGAAAACGUCAGUCUUUCCAAGGCCGUCGAGGAGGCUGUAGCCGAGGCUGAAAAGGAAAGAGAGGUGUCUCAAGAAAUAAGAUCAGAGCUGAAUGAGUUGACAGCCAAGAAGGCUGCAGAGUUUGAGGAGCUAUCAGCAUCGAAGGAUGCAAUGUUAGACUUGGAACGCCAGAAAGAGUCGCUUUCUGAAAAACUUCUUGAGACAAACGAAGAAUUAAAUUUAAAGGCAGCGGAAACCGAAGAGCUGAAGUCGAGGCUAAGUAAUGAGUUACAACGAAAAGAGGAAGAAAAUGAGUUGUACGAGUUACUCAAUAGAAAGGCCGAGGAAAUAGAAAAUCUUAACUCUCAAGUGGAAGAGCUAGAGUCAAAAAUAGCUGAAACUAUUUUUUCGGAAAGUAGCACAAGAAAUGAACUAGAAAACUCCAGAGAGGAAGUGGAUCACCUUCGAUCUGAGAUCAAGAGCAAACAGGAACUGCUGGAUGCCAAGACUGAGUUAUUGGAGCAAAGAGAUAUUGAACUGAUCAUGGCACAGGAAACAGUCAGUGCUUUGCGCCAUUUCGAGGUAGAAAACGCCGAAUGGGAAGGGGAGCGAGUGAUGUAUAAUUCAGCCAUUGAGAAGGAGGUUGAGUUCCGUAGAAUUCUCGAGAAGGAGCUAGAAGACUGUAAACAGCAGCUUAAGGAUUAUUUCGAGGAAAGAGAGAAAGCCGAAGUUGGUUUCAAGCAAGCGAUUGCUGAGAAAUCUCUUCAAAAUGAAACCCUUGCGGAAGAAAUUGGAAAUCUUACAAAUGAACUUCUUAAUCUGCGUUCACAAGGUCAAGAUGACACGAUUCCUAGGGAAGUGUUUGUUGAGGAGAAAAAGGCUCGAAGCGAAUUACAAGUUGCUUCUUCUAAGGAGGAAGCAAUAGAAACUAUCCAGCAUUCCGUUCAAGAGGAACAAUUGCAAGAUUGUGCACCCGAUGCUAAUUUUAACGAAGAGCUUGAGACACUCCGACACAAGCUUGAAGAAGUGACUGCAGAAAAGGAAGCAGAAAAGCAGCAAAUUCGAGAAGACCUCUCUAAGAAAUAUGAUGAGUUAAGGUUUCAUAAAGAUUCGGUGAUAGCUAGACUGAAGGACAAGAUCCGAGAAAAGAUUGAACUGAAUAAGAAGCUAAAUAUUGAGCAUAAAGAGAAACUGGGAAACACCGUGAAAGAGCACAAGAAAGCGAUUAAUGAGUUAAAUGAGAGACUAUCGAAUGAGAUUGCUUUAAAAGAGGAGCUGGCUUUUGAACUUGAGAAACUGGUAUCUGAAGUCGAGCAGUUAAAAGAACUGGAGUUUGCAAAUAAUGAAUUGAGGCACAGUUAUUCUGCAAAGGAGGAAGAAUUGAAUAAUCUUAAGGACGAGUGUAAAGGUGAAAGACAGAAGAACGAUGAAGUUAAUUUGCGAUUACAAGAAGCCCUUCAUGCAGCAGAGAAUCUGAAACUUGACUUGGAAAGAACUCAGACAGAAAAGCUAGAACUGGAUCUCAGACUUAAGUCUGCUCUGCCAAACUCGCAGAAAGAAGACUUGAUGAAUACCUUGUCCGAGAAAGAUCGGUUUAUUCAGCAACUGAAGAAGAAAUUGAAGGAAGAAAGGAACGAGGCAAAGGAGACGUCAGAUAAACUGAAUACUGCUCUUGUUGAAAAGAGCAACGACUUAGCCGUGUUAAGAGCUGAGUUUGAGACGACAAUGAAAGAGUUGGAACAGUCAUAUUUACGAGAAAAGGAAGAAAUUAUUAAGCGACUGGGAAGUGAGCUUGACGACAAUGUUCAAGAAAAGGAAAGAAUGAUCGAAGAACUAGAAGCUAAACUUCAAGAAAAAGAACUAGAUGUUCAGUCAGUCAGAGAUGCAAAAGAUAAAAAUAUUGAAGAGCUAAAAGCUAAACUUCAAGAGCGAGAAGCGAUGUUAGAGUCAGCAAACGAGGGUGAGGAAUUACUUAAGUCGCAAUUAGAAGCAGCAAAACAGUUUUACGAAUCAGCGUCCAGGGACUUGAACGAUAUCCUUGAUGAUCUAAGAUCAAAAAACGAACAGCUUCAGAGACAGUUGAGCCAAAAAGACAACCAGCUUCAGUCUAUGAAGGAGGAUGUCAAGAAUACUGAAGAGGAACUAAAGCUGGACCUAGAGAAAGUUAUCCAAGAAAAAGAAGACCUCGCGGAGAGCUUUAGGGAAGAGAAAGCCGAAUUAGACUCUAGUUUAAUGGACAUGACUGCUAAAUACGCUGAGCUAGAGGCCCAGUUAGAGACCAUAAGCCACGAGAGGACUUCCUCGCUAGGCGAGAUGGGAGAAAUCAAGAGUGAGUUUGAUGAAGCAACUACAACUAAGGAGUCCCUCUCCUUAGAACUCGACAAAGCCAAGAAGAACUUUGAGAAAAUUAAAAUCAGGUUGAAGAACAACAUCAAAUCCACGCGCGAAGAGAAAGAAAAAAUGAAAGCGGAAAUAGAAAAGAUUUCUUCUGAAAAACAUGAGAUUUGCACAAAGCUCAGACAAGAAUUUGAGGAAGCCUUGAAGGACAAAGAUGAUGUUUUGUCUUCUUUAAGAGAAGAGAUGGAAUGUUUGCGAGCUGAGAAGGAUAGCUUGGUGAGUGACUUAGAUACGCGAGCUGAGGGUUCUAAAAUUGAAGAAAAGAUCAAAGCAAUGGACACUGAACGAAUGGUUGCUGCAUCACCUGGGGAGUACCUAAACGAAGCGCACAGCCAGGACGAGAUUGAGAGGUUAAAGCUCGAGCUAGAAGUGGUACAGCGUGAGAAGGAACAAAUACUAGAAGAGAAAGACAGGAUUCGCGAGAUCGUGAAAGAAGAGUUUGAUAACAUUUGCCAAGGGCUAAGAGGUGAUUUAGAAAGUGCUAUGAGAGAUCGAGACGAGAUACAGCGUUCUUCUCACAUUACGUUCCUCGAGAUGGAGAGAACAUUAGUGGAGAAAUCUAAGGUUUGCGAACAGCUUCAAGGAGCGAUAGAGGAAAAAGUGAACGAAGAUAUGACUUGGAAGGACGAGCUGGAAAGAUCCAAAGCUGAGCUGUUCACAAGAGCGUCAUCCCUGCACGAGGAGAAAAAGACAUUGGAAGAGAUUCGCGACGAAUUAGAAGCCAGUUUAUUUGAAUCCAAGCGUGAGCGGGAUCAACUGCAGUACGAUCUUGAGAAAUUGAAGGUUGAAAAAGAUAAAAUGCAAAAGCGUUUUGAUAGUGAGGUUGAAAAGGUUUUGAGAGAUAAAGGUGACGUUUGUAAGAAGCUUCGUCAGGACUUUGAAAAAGCUUUUGAAGAGAAGGACACCACCGUUCAGAAUUUAAAGAAGAUUCUAGACGAUUCCAGAAAAACAAAUUAUGAACUAGAGCGGGAAUUGUCAAAGAACAGCACCGAGCUACAACGGGUAAAAAAUGAAUUCGAUUCGAUCAUACAUGAAAAGGAUAGUGUGGUGGACAACCUCAGGAUCCGAAUUGAAGAAAUGCGAAAAGAGCGGGGAGAAAUGGAAGACAGAUCGAAAGCAGUUAUAGGAGAAGUUCAGACUCGCUAUGAUAGCAAAAUCCGGGAGCUCGAGGAGACGAUUGAGAAAACGUAUCUUGAAAAGGAAGAAAUGUUUAAUAGACUGUUGGCUGACUCAGAAAAAGGGAAGGAAGAGUUGAGUGAGGGGCUUCGACGGGAGUUCGAGGUUUUGAUCACACAAAAAGAUGCGGUAAUUCAAGAUCUACAGCAGGGCGGGGAAAGCUCUGUAUCCGAACUGAGGGAAGCGAGGGCAACAAACGAGUCGCUGGUAUCUGAACUAAGAAACGCCAAUGAAGACAAGGUUACCUUGAAAGAGCAACUAAAGCAGAUGGAGCAAGCUAUAGAAUCCCAAAGACAGCGUCACUCUGACGAAAUACAAAGAAUAAGCGCCGAAUACGAGCACCAGUGCGCAAAGUUAUCUCAGAAGAUUGAAUCUUUAUCCAGCGAACAAGAGGAAGCCAUUCAAGAUCUUGAGAAACAACUGAAGAAGGCCAAUAAAGAGAGUGUUAAAAUGGAGCUCGCACUUGCCGAGAAGGAGGACACGUUGAAUGAAAACACCAGUAGAAUUGAGGAGCUGGAGGCAUUGUGCGAGUCCCUCGAGGCAGACAAUAGUCAAAAGAAAUCUCUUCUUAAAGAUGAAGGAGGGAGGCUUACAAGCUUGGCUGAGUCAGAAGAGGCUUUGAAAAAUGAGAAAAGAGAGAAGGAUCAAAUUUUGUCUGAGAAGGAAGAAAUGCUUGGUGUAUUACAGCAGAGAGUUUCGGACCUUACUGAGAACAUCAGAGGGUUAGAAUCCAGCCGACAGGAGCUGGAGGAAUUAGUAGAUAAAUUACUUGAGGUUAGGAAAGAGUUGGAAGAGAAGGUAGCUGAAUUGAAAGAACAGCUUUCGAACAAUCAAAGGGAGAAAGAUAAUCUUACUUAUGAGAAAGAAGAGCUUGAAAGGCUUCUGGAAGCUGAGGGCACAAAGAUGGAAGAUUUGAGUCAACUGCUAAGUAAAAUGGAAGAAGAGUUCAAGAAAAAUAAAAUAGAAAAUGAAGCCCUGAAGGAUGAAUUGACUAAACUGACUAUUUUGUCGCCAAAUGAAGAUACCUCUGAACAGACGACACAGCAAUUGAUUGAGCUUCAAAAACAUCUACAAAUUCUCCAGCAGAAAAACAUGGAUCUAGAAACACAAGCUAAAGCAGGCCCAGGUUUGGAGCUUCAAUUGAUUCAACUUCAAGAAGAGUUGCUAAGCCUCAAGCAGAAAAACACGGAUCUUGACAAUCAAGCCAAGACCGAAGCAGAACCAGUGCUUGAGCGCCAGCUCCAACAAUCGCAUCAGAAAGAAGACCAUAUGGUCGAAGAGUUGAACGCUUUGAAGAUCCAACUGAACUCAGCCAACACCGAGCUGGAGUCCACACAAUCUAUGAACGAAAAAUUGAAAAGGAAGCUAAGACAGUUACUAAAGAAGAAGGGUAAAAAUGAUGAGGAUGACCUCGAUGCGGAUGCGGUUAGGGAGGAGCUAGAACAAGUUCGUAAGGAUAAGAUAGAGAGCGAAAAAGUUGCACAAGAAUUGCGAAUGGAACUCGAAGAAGUCGUAAGCAACAGGGAUAAAAUUGUGGGCGAACUCCGCGAAAAAAUGCAACAUGUUGCAAGUGAGAAAGAGCGUAGCGAGAUUCUGAAUGAUAAGUAUCAGAAGCUCGUGCAAGAAAAAGAUAAGCUGAUCAAAGAGCAGGCGCAGGAUUUGGAGAAGAUCAAGCAAGCGAAUCAAGCGAUAAAAGAUGAAAGGGUAGCACUUGAGGCUAGCUAUGCAGAGGCUGUGAUGGGGUCAGAGCGUACUAUGAAAGAGAAAGACGCGUUACUUGAUGAACUCGAUCAAGCGAAGAAGGAAAUACAACAGUAUGAGGAAGGUACAGCUCUUGAACAGAAAUCAGCGCUUAUUCAAACGCUUGAGGACAAACUACGAGAACUUGCUACCGAACACGAAAAGCAGCUGCAAAGCCUAAAAACCGAGUUUAGUGUCACCACUGCUGAGAUGAAGCAAACUAUAGAGAGAAAAGACGAAGAGCUCAAGUCAAAUUCAGAACAACUACAUGACUUAUCCGGAAAGCUCGAGGCAUUAAACAAACAGCGAGAAGAUAUUGACUCGCUACAAGCAAAUUUCGAUCAUAUUGUUUCAGGAUUGAGAAACGAUUUGGAGCAUGCCCUUCAGGGUAAAUCCGCUGCCGAUGAGCUCGCGCAUGAGUUUAGAGUUCAGCUAAGGCGGCUUGAGGCCCAAGUGAAACAAAAGCCCGUUCAGUAUAAAGACGCAAUAGUUGACUGUGUGGACCUGAAAGACGAUGUAUUGAAUGCGAAAAAUGAGAUGAUCGAAAGCUAUGAACUGGAGAUUGAGUCGUUCAAAGAUGAGGUAGCGGUUUUGAAAAAGGAAUUGGAUGGUAUUGUUACGGAGAAAGAGGGUAUUGUUCAAAGCUCACGAUCGCCAGUGGAUGCUGUUCCUGGUCCGAUGUGUAGCGAGGUGACCGACGGUGAUCAACAAAAACACCCGAAUAUAGUAAAGGAAAGUGACAGUGAUCUUCAGGGACACUCGGAUUCGAUCAAACGCUUGCAAGAAGAGCUGAAAGAGAGAAACUCCGCUCAUCAAGAGCUUGAGCAGAAGAUGCAAGAUCUGAGAGAAAACUUCAGCGCUGACUUGUCAGAGUUGGAACAGAACUUCAAGAUAAUCGAAGAAGAGAAUUCAGCUUUGAAAUUGAACGUGGAAGCCCUGGAGUCUGAGUUACAACUCAGUGUGAAAGAGAAACUAGAAAAUGAGCACAUACUUCGGGGACUCAGGGAAGACCUCCAAGAAGCAAUGAGCGAUAAACAAAUAAAGGAUCGCGCUUUGCAUGACCUUCGGAUUGAAAAUGACCGCAUGCGAAAGCAACUUCCGACAAGUGGCAAACAGUUGCCGGUUAUUCUUCCGUUUGAGAUACGACAAGUGUCCGAAAGGUCUUCGAUUGAUGAAGAGUACAAGACGGGCUAUGUCCGUGAUAUAUUGAACCUCUCUAGUGAAGAGCCUCAAAAACUGAUGAAAGAAGGUAAAGUUCUUCUUAAAUCUUCACCAGACGUGAAGUCGGUUGGUAUUAAUACCGAAGUUCCAUUCCAAGGAGAUAAUCGAACUGAUAGCACAAACGAAAAAGGAACACCGAGGGACGAUGUUGAUAAACGACUACAGCAACAGCUGAAGAUUAACACAAAAUUGAAACAAAUGGUGAAGCAUUUGAAGGCUGAUGUGACGAGUCUUAAGGAGGACGGUGAGAAAGCUAGUAAGGAGAGUUGGAUCAAAGAGCAGAAGCUAAGGGAAAUGCGCUCUGAGAUGGAAGAACUUGUCAAAGACAAAGAAGAUAUGGUCAACGGAUUUAGAGACAGGCUCAACACCCUUGCUAACGAUAAAGGUCAACUGGUAGAUAGUUUAAAAGAAGAGUACGAGAUUCUAUUUGCCCAGAAGGAGGAUUCAUUUAUGCACGUCCGUGAUGAGUUAGAAAAGUCUCAAGAGGAUCUGUUGCACAUGCAGGUUGAGUUAGAUUCAUGCAAGUCCGAAAUCUCUGACACUAAGAAAAAGAAUAAAGAACUACAAGAAACUCUGUAUAAGCUCGAGGCGCACUCAUCUGAACUGAUUUCCGAAAAUGAUUCCUUAAAAUCACGCAUUGAUAUAGCUGCUAUUGAACUUGAAAGCAUCCAAGCCGAGAAGUCUGAGCUUGGAAAACGUAAUUGGGAUCUUGAAGAAAUAGUGACGAACUUGCGAGAGGAUUUAGAGAGUUUGGUAAAGCACCGUGCUGAGCUUGAAGAACAAUUGGCAAACUUUGGCGCUCCAUUGCAGACUAAUGUUUCUCAUUUAAGAACAGAGAUCUCUUCUUCAGCUGGUGACGACUCGUGUUCCUCUGCAGCAGUUUCUUUUGACUUGAAAGCAAAGCUGAAGGAAGCUAAGCAGGCCAUCGCACUUCAAAGACAAGAAUUUGAAGAAAGCUACAAUAACCUGCUCGAAGAAAAAGAACGAGCAACUGAAAGCAAACUGGAAGCAGAACAACGAGUUCAAGAACUGAGAGCAGAGCUGGGAGCGUUUGUUAAAGAAAAGGAUGAGAUCAUUAAUGGUCUCAAGGCGAAAAUGGACUCUGCGCUUGCCGAGCAGAGCGGCAAUGCAAACACGAUGCUGCAGGAUUACGAGAGAAUCCUCGCCGACAGAACGGAGGAGUUAGAUGAGAAAAUGAACCAGCUGUCGCAAGCAAAUGAGGAGAUUCUAGCGCUAACGGAAGACAAGGACUCUCUCUUGAAUGAUCUUCGGGAUUUGGAGAAUGAACUAAGAGCUUUACGCGAAGAUAAAGAUUAUCUCGGUAAGGAAUGCGAUGAGCUGAGAGACAAGCUUUUCUCAAGUUCUACACAGAACUCAGAACUAGAGGAUCAGAUAACUAAUAAUUCCUCUGAAAUACAAGGUUUAAAGAAUGAGGUUGAAUAUCUGAAAGAAGAAAAAAAUAAUAGUUAUGAACAGAAAUUGAUUAAUCAACUAAAAAAUGAAGUUCUUGAACUUUCUGCUGUGAAGGAAUUUAUAGAAAUUGAGCUCAAAACAGCGGCUAAAGAUCGGGAUAUGCUGCGGGCGAAAUUAAAGAAAGACUAUAAUAAAAUUAAUAAUUCACUGAAGUUUGAUUUGGAGCAGGCUAGAGAGCAGCUUUUAGAUCGGGAAAAGUCGGUACAGGAGCUUCGUGUUGAGGUUGAGCGAGUAGUUAAGGAAAAGGAACAAUUAGCAGCAGUACUAAGAGGUCAGCGGUCUGCCCAGGAAGGUCUAGAAACGGACACUCCUGUCUUUAGUGCUGCUCCGUCGCCUAGCAACGAAGGAUUUGCUAAUACGUUACAAGAAAUGAAACAAGAGAUGAAUCGCUUGUCGAGCGAAUGCGAAAAGGCAAGGAAAGACAAGGAUAAACUGUACACAAAAUUUCAGAAGAUCAGUCAAGGUCUUAGAAAUGAUCUGGAUGCGGUUGUCGCAGAGAGGGAAGAGAUUUCCAAGAAACUAGAAAAACGUACAGUAGAGUACAAUGGAGUUGUGAGGUCAUUACGGGAGAAAGAAUCUUCUAUUGUUAAGCUCAGGGUUCAGUUUGAUAACAUUGGUCAGGGCUGGCGUGCUGACCUCGAGACUGCCAGAAACGAAAGAGAUGCCGCACUGCGCCAAGUAGAGUUACUUAAAGGUGCGACUCCCUCUUUAAACGUAGAUGACGGGAAUGGACUUCAAGAAAGACUGGACUCGCUAAGAGCCGAGAAGGAACUCGCUCAGGAGAAGCUUAGAGUAGUGUCCCAAACUUGUAGUGAGCUCACGGCGAAGGUUACUGCGCUGGAGCAGCAAAAGAAUGCAUUGGAGUACGAGUUGGUGAGCUUCCGGGAGCAACAUGAGUUGCAUCACGUGCAAGCGGCUCAGGUAUCGACUUCUUCUACUGUAGCCCAGGUCCAUGUGCCCGUGGUAGCUGAAGAGCUUACGGAGGUUGUAGUUGACGGAGAACUCCAGUCGCCACCUGAAUCAAUGGGGAUGUCGGACAUACAAGAACGGUUCGAAGAGACCCGAAAAUUGUACGAAGAGAAGUGCCAAGGCUACACAGACCUCGAGACACACUUGAAGGAAGAGCGGGAAGCGAGACAAGAACUUGAAAAACGAUUGAACCAAACGGAAGAACAACUUCGACACAAGAGACCAACACAGCUUGCUAUCGACAUCGACGACGAAGACGACAGUACAAGCUCAUCGGAGUCCAGACGAUUGCUUUACCAGUACUCUACUUCGCAUGUCGGACGGCAAGUCAAGUCUUCGGCGUCCUUUCUUAGACAGAUUUUCAGACGGGGCAAACCUCUGUCGUCAUUGGGUCUCCCACGUGGUCUUGGCAGGGCUGUUGUGAUUGGCUACGUUGUCUUAUUACACGUGUUUGCUCUGAUGUUCGUCUUCAAACUGUUCACGUGACACAGGAAUGUGACGUAAAUGUAACGUUACUUAUGCAAACGCUCCCCUUGUGACUCACAUACUGCUUACGCCCGAGCCAUCCAUCGUGAUAUUUAGAUAAUCAGAAUAGAAGUCGCGAGUGCGUCAUCUAUUUUAAAGAGGGCGACUAGUGCAAAAAAUGUAGAUAAAUAGGGAAUAAGAAGGAUUUUUUUCGUAAACCAAAAAGGCUAUUGUUAUCGACACAAUAAACCGCCUUGCUGCCGUGUUGUCUAAACAGACUGUCCUGAGGCCUAUUUUUAUUGUGUGACGCGCCCUUUGUGGCCACCAGAACAAAUAUUUAAGAAACGUAAGAAUGCGUGAAUCACAAGCCUCAAACGGCUCAGUCAGUCGCCUUAGGAAAAUAACAAAUAUGAGAAUAUUUACAUCUGCAUGCUCGAGGAUCCAGCGUACUUUGCGGGCGCUCCCAAAGGUUUUCGAUUUAAUUUUUUAGAUUGAUGUAUUGAAUUCCACAUUUCUCCACCGUUUGCAAUGCUAGUAGGCCAUCAAGUUUCAAUUUAAUGAGAUAGAAGUUUUUUCUUAUCCUUUAUGGAUUAAGCCCCGUGCAAACUGCGCCAGCACCUGCCAGCAUUGCUGGCGAAUUCUUGCUCGACUGACCACAAGACAAAGGAAAUGUCAGAAAGUCCAUUUUCCAUUUUGACAUUUCUUUUGUCAUAUAGUAAGUCAAGCGAAAAUUCGCUAGCAGUUGCUAGCACAGUUUGCACGGGGCUUUGAUCCCUAAAACUCUCAAGGUCGCAAGGAUAGCGCGCGUCCCACAAUCCUCGAGCACUGCACAAAAUGUAAAACGGAGGGGCAUAUGAUUUGAGGGGUGGGAUUGGGUUGAAGCCGCAUUGUCACCAGUCUACUUCCGGUCGAUUACAUAACAAUCUCCGAUGAUUUUUUAACGGAAGACGCAAAACAUAUUUCAAAAUUGUGAAAGCAGUAUGUCUAUUGGAAGUUUCUUUGAGGAUGUGGAUUCUUAUAGAUUCUAUUGUCUUUUAACGGUUGAGGUUUCCGUCGGACCACCGGAAGUAAACUGGUGACAAUGCUGCUUUAAGUUUUAGUUUUAGCUUUUCGCUGUUGCCUUUGCAUUAGUAAAUUACUUUUAUUCAGAGAUUUAAUUAUAUAAUUGUAAUGCAGACGGUGAUGUUGCUUUAAAUACGAAAUCGCAACAAAUGUUGAAAGACAGUAAAUAUUUUAAAGAUAUAAGAGAACCAAAUAAAGUGACUAUUUCGAGGAUAAAAA